AACAACAGGACAGUAUGGCCACCACUAUUGCUGUCAGUCCCAGUGAAUACCUUCAGCCUGCUACUACUACUACACAAGACACCCAGCCUUCUCCUCUCGCCCUCCUUGCUGCCACCUGCAGUAAAAUUGGUCCUCCUGCUGCACAGGCUCCUGCCACUUCUCCGGCGGUGCAGCCCCAACCCCGCAGGCUUCAGCCCAUUAAACCGGCUCCAAUAGCACCAGCUCCACCAAAAAACUUGGGUUUUCUUUCAGCAAAGGGUAAUGUGAUCCAGCUUUCUGCUGGUUUAGGGUCCACAGGCCCAGGCAGCCCCAUCGUCCUGACGAUCCAGCAGAGCCCUGCCCACAGCAACACUUCUGGCCCCGCCAACAUCCAGUACCAGGUGGUGCCUCAGAUCCAAGUGAUGCCUCAGGGAGGUCAGAUCCAGCUCAUUCCAGGUACCAACCAGGCCAUCAUUACCACUCCUAUGACUGCGCCAGUCCCAGCUGCUGCCACUGCACCGGUCACACCACAGAAAACUGUAGCUAUCAAGCCCUCCCCUAAGGUACACAAGUCAAACAGCAUAGCUGCAAAUGUGGUUCAGCUGCCCAGUGGGCUCAGCCUUCCCCUUAAUGUGGCUACUGGAGAAGUGGGAGGAACUCCAGUGGUCACUGAGACUGCAGCGUCCCCUCCCACACCUGGAAAAGGACGGAGAGGGAGAAAGAGGAAAGUUGUUCUGCCAGCUGAGCCUCCCCCGCCUGCUCCUCCACAGGCAGCCUCCCCACCCCCAGAACAGAUGGAGACCUUUGUAAUAGAGACUGGGGACAACAUUUUACAGGCAGGGAACAAUUUGCUGAUUGUCCAGACUCCUGGGCAGCCAGCUAUGGUGCAGCAGGUGCAGCUGGUCCAGCCCAAGUCAGAACCUCAGAUGGUUCAGAUCCCUCAGCAGGCCUUAAAGGUAGUGCAGGCUGCCUCUGCCACAUUGCCACCUGUCCCACAUAGACAAUCUGUCUCUUCGAGUCUGCAGGUUACUCCGACCGAGCCGUCACCUGCCCAGAUUCUCUUCAAAACAUCUUCGGGCGAGUGGCAGUCAGUUCAUCUUCAGGACUCUGGCUCAACGACAACGACCCCUGCCACCUCAGUUGCCCCUACAACCAUGUCAUCACCUGCUAACACCAGGAGGACGCAGGCGGGGGGCCGAAAGGAGCGCACUCUGGCAAAAAUAGCCCCAGCAGGUGGAAUGAUUGCAUUCAAUACGUCGCAGCUGUCCUCCGCAGCACAAGCAAUGCAGACGAUCAGCAUCAACGGUGUCCAAGUUCAGGGAGUUCCUGUCACUAUCACCAACGCAGGAGGCCAGCAGCACCUAACAGUGCAGACGAUGCAGGGUGGAGGCCUCCAGCUGGCAGCUGCGCAGGGCCAACCUGCCAUCCAGGUGGAUCAAACCCUCACACUGGAGCUACCUGCUCAACCAGGAGAGAAGAAGAGACGCAUGGCCUGCACCUGUCCCAACUGUAAAGAUGCAGACAAAAGGCCUGGAGAGGUGGGGAAAAGGAAACAUAUCUGCCACGUUCCAGGCUGCGAGAAAACAUUCAGGAAAACAUCGCUACUCAGAGCGCACGUCCGGUUGCACACUGGAGAGAGGCCCUUUGUCUGCAACUGGGUUUUCUGUGGGAAACGUUUUACUCGCAGUGAUGAGCUGCAGAGGCACGCAAGAACACACACAGGAGACAAACGCUUUGAGUGCAACCAUUGUCAGAAACGGUUCAUGAGGAGUGACCACUUGACGAAGCAUUACAAAACUCACAUAAACACCAAGAACCUGUGAGCAGACACAAGCAGCCAGAACUGUGCCGCAGGAGGAGAGGAAGACUAAGGUACAGGGUCUGCCAGACUCCUGCAGGGAGGAAGUCCUGAUGAAGCCCCUGUUUGCACUCUCACUCCUCCAGGACACUGUUGUAGCGUGGUGUACAAAAAGCUCCUUCCAUAGGAACUUCAAAACUGACCCAGUAAAGUUAUUAAUAAUAGUUUAUUUUAUAUUUUUAUUUAGUUUUCAUUUUUUGCAGAUUCAUCUUUUACUGAAUUUUUAGGAUGGGAAAGUGUUGCUUCAAAUCUGCUUACAUAUUUAUGAAGAACACACCAAAUUACUCACAUCAACAAACGACUCCAGGACUUCAGUAGCUGUUUUCAUCUCUGUUGGGUCUUUUUUUUUCCUGAAACUCUUUUAUUUGUUUGGGAAUACCUGGAGCUUCUUGAAACUGUCAGGCAACAAAAGAGGAAAGAAAAACCCAACACUGCAUUUUAUUAUCUGACAAAUUUGACCUCAGUAGAACGGUAAGUUUGUUUAGGUUGUUUGUUUUGGCAGCUGUCUARGCUGAAUUAAACCCUUAUUCAUAUAAAAA